AUGGAGCCCCCGCGGCCACAGGACGGCCAGGCCCAGGGCAUCGGCGGCACCCACCGGGCCUCCGCGGCCCUCCCUGCUCCCUCCGCGGCCCUCAGGCCCCCAGGGAUCCGGACCGAGAGCGGCCCGGAGACGGCGGAUCCUCCCGCCCGCAAGAGCCCGUCCGACCACCGGCCGGAGGUACGGCCCGCGUCCUGCCUGCGGCCCAUCGAGGGCACGUUGGACAUCGCCCUGCUGUCCGGGCCUCCGGCCCCCACCUCGGGCAGCCGGGCCUCCCCGUCUGCGCCUCAGAGGGACGCCCCCUGCACCAGGGAGCCUCCGCCCGCCGGACCCUCAGUCAGCCGUUUCUGCGGACCGGCCCCGCGCACCCAGCCACCCGGCCGGCCCGGCCCGGGGAGGGAUGAGACCGUCCCGCUGAGCGCCAACACGGGCAUCCCGCCAGCCGGGCACCUGAGACGGGACGCUGCCACCCGGCCGCAAGAGCCGCGGUCUCCGGACGCCCCUGGCGCGCCUGCUUCCGCGGUCCCCACGUCGCCUGCCGGGCACGUGGUGCCCAACGCCCCGGGCCUCGCCGGGAAACAGGAGCAGCGGAGCCCAAGACCAGCGGGCCUCGUCGUCCAACGGAGCCGAGAGCGGGCUGGCCCCAGAGGUCCCUCCUCCCCUCCUCGAGACACUGCUUUGGAUCCCGCCCCCCGGCCCCGGACCGCGGAGAGACCACUGGGGCCCGGUGGCCAGUCAGAGCCCCGAAACACCAGCAGAGACUCAACCGGAACCCUCGCCGGGACCCCUCGACAGCUGAAGGUCACCCCUGAGUCGUCCCGAGCCCCCGCCCGGAGCGAGAAGCCACUGGACCCACAGCAAGGGAACCCCGGGGAUACCGGCUCCAGGGGCCCCGCGCCCCAGAAACCGCCCCCGACCCUAGACCACCCUGUCACCCUCACCCGGCCUCCUCCCGACCCGUCGCCGGCCGGGAGAGACACGGCCGCCGGGGCGCCGGGGGCCGGGGUAUCGCGGGAGCUCGCGCCUUUGGUGGCGGGGAGUGGAGGCGGUCCACCCGGGCCCCCGGGCCGGGCCGCGGUCCCAGGCGGACCCGACACCAGCCCCCGGAAGAAGCCGACCACCGGGCGCGUCCCCGGAGACAGGGCACCGCCGAGCCAGGCCGGCGGCCGGGCCGAGACCGGCAGGCCCGGCGCCAGGCUCCAGGCCGCCCCCUCGGCCCUCCUCAGGACGGGGCCCGUCAAGCCGGGGAACCGGCGGGCUCCGGCCCCCCGGCCUCCCCUGCCGACCGGAACCGGCGAGGCCCCCGGCGCCCUCCGGCCCCCAGGCCGAGCCCCGGGCCAACCAGACGCAGCCGGGCCCCGGCCGGCGGACCGGGGGCCGCGCGGCGUCUGCCGCCGGGCCGCCGGGUCCGUCCCCCCGACCGGCUCCCGCGGAAGGCUCCGGGCACCGACCCCUGACCUCCCCGAGGCCCAGGCGGGACGUGACCCUCCCGACCCGGGUGGAUGCCGGGCCCCGGAGAACGCCGGGCGGCGGUGGGGGCCCUGGCCGCUGGAGCCUGGGAAGCCCGCCUCGGGGGCAGAUGGCCGGAUGCACGAGGCAAGAGCGGCGUCCCUCCCGCCCACCUCGCGCAACCCCGCCCCCUGCCGCCACACCCGGCCCGUCUGCCGCCACCCCUGGGGUCCCCGCAGACCCGGGUCUCGUGCAGGCCAGAUCCCGCCGGGCGGCCCGACGGCCGAGAUGGCGGCAGGGCGGCGGCCCCCCGCGGACAGAGACCGCACCCUGCGGCAGCGGCGGGGACGGGGACGGUGCGCACAACUGCCCCCUCAAAAAGUCCUAGCGGCCCACGGGCCGGGGGACGGCCCCGGCCGGAGCCCCGCGGGUCCGGCCGCCUGCCGAAACCAGCCCGGGCGGCCCCCUCCCCUCCUGGGGAUCCCGGGCCGCCCGGGGGAGGGUCCCCCGACCGAGCGCCUCCGCGAUCGCUCUGAUCGGAAACGGUCCCGGGCCGUCACCACCCGGUAUUGA